GAAGCACUUUGUUUAGCGCACCUACUAGCCUACGGUAGCUUGGCCCGGUGACUGUCUUUCCAUGCUGGUGGGGACAUAUUGAUGAAAAUAUUACUGCAUGGAACAUCUGAAAUUUUCCUACCUAUGUUCUCCUCUAAAACUUCUGUGGUGUCACAACUUAUCUCUCUGCUUGUGCAACUUGACUCUUCUCUAGGAAGAGCAAUCAGCAGACCAGGAAUAUGGCUCCAGGGCUCCUGACAACUAUUGAUGAGGCAUUAAUGGCCUUCAGAGAUGUAGCUGUAACCUUCACCAAGAAGGAGUGGAAACUACUAAGUCCUUCCCAGAAGAUCCUGUAUCGGGAUGUCUUGGAGAACUACAGCCACUUGGUGUCAUUGGGAAUUGCCUUUUCUAAACCAAAACUCAUCACACAGCUGGAGCAAGGGGAUGAGCCCUGCAGAGAGGAAAGCGAAUGUCUUCUGGACCUUUGUCCAGAACCAAAGACAGAAUUCCAGCCUAGUCUCUCCUGCCCAGUGGCCUUUUCCAGCCCACAGUUCCUCCAACAAUAUAUGCUGUGCAGUCAUCUCCUUCAGAUCUUCCCAAGCUCUUCUGUAGGAAUUCACUACCCAGUGGAAUCUCGAAGCUGCUCAAAUGUAAAAGCAGAUGAUGGAGAGAGAGAAGGUUCUGGCACCAUGUUCCGGAGGCUGCAGCUGAGUGGGACUUCAAGAGCAUUCUUUGGCCUAUUUCAAGGUCAGCCAGUAGACAGGGUGGAAGGCAACAGAGGUAGAGGAAUAGACCAGGGGAUGACUUCUGAGAAGGCAGACACAGGGUUCACAGGGGCAGACUGCUCAGAACCUGGAGCAGUCAUAUCAGAAAAAUAUACACUAGGACAUAGCACGAAUUCAAGCCUCUUUAGCCUCCAGAAGCAUCAUGUGUGUCCUGAGUGUGGCAGAGGUUUCUGCCAGAGGUCAGACCUCCCCAAGCACCAGAGGAUGCACACAGGGGAGAAGCCUUAUAGUUGCAGGGAGUGUGGGCGAGGCUUUGGCCGGAAAUCUUCCCUCACUGCACACCAGAGGAAACACUCAGGGGAGAAGCCAUAUGUGUGCAGGGAAUGUGGGCGACAUUUUAGGUAUAUAUCCUCGCUCACUAACCACAAGAGGAUACAUUCUGGGGAGAGACCUUUUGUCAGCCAGGAGUGUGGACGAGGCUUUCGCCAGAAGAUUGCCUUAGUACUGCACCAGAGGACACACUUGGAGGAGAAGCCCUUCAUGUGUCCUGAGUGUGGAAGAGGCUUUUGCCAGAAGGCAUCACUCCUGCAACACCAGAGUUCACAUUCAGGUGAAAGGCCCUUCUUGUGCCUAAAGUGUGGAUGUGACUUCAAGCAGCAGUCCCUGCUCCUCAUUCACCAGGUCACACACUCAGGGGAGAAGCCCUAUGUAUGUGCUGACUGUGGACAUGGCUUUCGCCAGAAUGCCACCCUCAUCAGACACCAGAGGACACACACAGGGGAAAAGCCAUACCUAUGCUCUGAGUGUGGUCGUGGCUUUCGUCAGAAGGUCGCCCUCAUGGGACACCAGAGGACACACACGGGGAAGCCCUAUGUGUGCCCUGACUGUGGGAGGGCCUUUGGUCACAAGGUCACCCUUAUCAGGCAUCAGAGGACACACACAGGGGAGAAGCCUUACCUGUGCUCUGAGUGUGGCCGCACUUUUGGUUUCCAGUCACUCCUUAUCAGACACCAGAGAACACAUUUUGGGGAGGAAUCUGUUGUUUAUGGAGUGUGUGAGCAAAGACUUAGCCAGAAAUCUGACCAGAGAACACACUCAGGAGAGAAGCCAUGUGUGUGUGGUGAGUGCGGACGCAGCUUUGGCUUCAAGUCAGCCCUCAUCAGACACCAGCGAACUCACUCAGGAGAGAGGCCAUACAUGUGUAGGGAGUGUGGUCGUGGCUUUAGUCAGAAGUCUCACCUUCACAGACAUAGGAGGACUAAGUCUGGCCAUCACCCCCUGCCACAAGAGCUCUUCUCCUGACUUUUCUUUUCCUAUCAUCCUGAGUGAGAAGAUGGCCGAAGUCACUAGGAAAUGCUCUACUUUCCUCAAAUGCAGUAGAAGAAAAAAAAUACUGUAUUCUUUCAUUUGUAAGAUAGUGGGUUUAUAAUUACCUCCUGCAUUAGGAAUGUAUUUUAAUUUGCUAUGGCUGCCAUAAUAAAAUACCAGACUUAAUGCCUUAAAGAACAGAAACUUAUUUUCUUGCAGUUUUAGAGGCUAGGAAUCCACUGUUAACAUGUAAACAAUUUGGUUUCUACUGAAGCCUUUCUCCUUGGCUUGCAGAUGUGACUGUGCUUGCAGUAUUCUGAGGUGGCCUUUUUCUGUGUGCUUUCCUGUUGUCUUUCCCUCCUGUAAGAACACUAGCUAUAUAUUAGGUCAGUUGAGACUAGAGAUGCAUUUCCUCCAGACAUAGAUUCCUCUUCAGCUGUGAACCUAUAAACCAGCCAAGUUAAUCUGUUUCCAAAAUACAAUGGUAGGACUGGCCUAGAAUUCGCAUUUCCAUUCCAGAUGUGGAGAGAAGAAAGGAUUGAUGAUCCCAAACAAGUUGAAAACCUAGCAAGGCAGAUUGUUACGUUUAAGGCUCGAGAAUGAUCUUUGUGGCCAGAUCCUCUGCUCUUCCAGCCCACUCCAGUGGCAUCAGCAAUGCUGGGCCCACUGACACCAUGGAAGAAACAUACUGUCCCUGACUGUUACACUCUGGGCCCACUUUGGAACUAUCAGACCUCUCAUCUCUGUUUCACCUUUGGGGUCAUUCUUCCCUCUUCUUGAUGAGUAACACAUACUUGUAGUUGGAUAGAUCUAUCCUACCUGUAGAUGCCUUCAUUCAGUCCCAUGUGCAUCACCAUUAGUCCAGUCUGCCAGAGUUCCUGCUGAGAUCAUUGAUUAGUUCCAAGGUAAUUUCUUUAUUAAAUGACGGUGUAGCCAUAUCAUGGUGUUCUUUCCACAAUGUGCUUUCUAAUUUUUUUUUGGAAUCAGACAAGCUGAGAUUUUCUAAAUCUUCAAGUUCUGGUUCCUUCUUGUUUUAACAGUUCCUUCCAUUUAUGCCACUACUCUCAAAUUUUACUGCAAGAAGCAAGAAGAAACCAGGCUGCAUCUUCAACACCUUUUUCAGUAAUCUCAGCUUAAUAUUUGUCACUUAUGUUCUCUGAGUACCCCAAAUUUCUGUGACCAGACAUAAAGUCCUGCCAUGAAACAUGUUCUUUUCCCAUGAGUGUGAAGAAGGCAGAAACUGCUAGGAAAUGUCCUGCUCCUCUGAAAUGGAAGGGAAGAAAAACAGUGUUGCUUUCUUUCUGUGUUCAUGAGAUGGUUUCUUUAUGAUUUACUUUCUAAGCAGUAGUCCUUCUCUGCAUUGUAUUUCUGUUUAAUA